CAGUGUGCUUGACGUGUUCAGCUUGUGUGCAGCACGCGUGCAGGAGAGCGGCGGUGCAAGUCAGGGGCUACCUCCGCACCGCCGAUGAGCUGGCGAGGCGAUCGAGGCUGCGAGGUGAUGAAGCGCAGAGCCACGCGGCGCCGCCGCUCCGUGACCCUCUGUAUCAGUGUUCCUCCACUUGCCGAUGAUGGCUCCCAUACGUGACGAGUCUGACUCCGGCUCCGAGUACUCGCCCGGAGGCAAGAGCUCCGCGAAGCAGACCAAGCGCGAGCGCGACGACUCGUCCGACUCGGAGUGUGCGCCUGCAAAGCGUUCCGUGAAGCAGGGCUCGCCCUCCAAAUCGCCUUCGCCCAAGAAGCCGCGCAAUGUUGGUGCCGCGCGCAAGGCUGGCUUCAACACCGGCCCUUGGUCGGCCGAAGAAGGUGCGUGUGACGACGAGAUGCGGAGGAAGGGUACAAUGCGACGUCAAUGAGUGGCUUACACCUGCGCGGGGACAGAUCGACUGGCAACGAUUGUCCGUGCAUUCUUGAACCGUGUCGCUGCCAUUGACGCGAGCAUGCGCAGUACACGCUCGCUCUCAACGCUCCUGUCAAGCUGACGAGAGAGCAGCAGAAGCUCGUGGGAGAGAAGGUCGGACGCGAUGUGAACGCGGUC